ACAAAUAGAGAUAAAUUUGAUAGAAACAAUCGAUCAUCCGCUUCUAUCUUCUUUGAAACCCCCUAACCAAACAUGCCCCUAAUGUCGAUUUUCCUAAUGAAACAGCUACACUUGAGACGAGUUGGGGUUGAACCACGACCGGACUUGGCUAAGAGCAUUCCAAGAGAUGAUAACGAAGGGAGCUCAAAUGAACCUAAAAAUGAAAGUGAAGAUUCUGACGACCAAUCAAAGGAUAAUAAUAAUAAUAACAGCAACUUGGAUAGCCCCUCUCGUGCAGAUGAACCGCCCCUUGCUCCUGAAGGUACAGGCUCGCCACUGGCCCCACAACAAGGUACACAUUCUCAUUUGUUAGAGAAUCAACUUCUGUUCUUGCUUCUAGUUCAGAAUAUGGCAUCUAAGAGUCUUCUUCUACACUCUGCCUCUGGAAAUUCUGCUUUAGUACAAAACUUAUUGUUUGGAGUCUUGGAUGCUUAGCUUAGUAUAGAAUGAGUAUGAAUUUCUUUUGUACAUUUUUUGGUCACGUAAGACCGCCCGACAAAAUGCAUAUGCGCGAGUUGAGUUGUUCGAAAGAGUUCGUUAUUUAUACGGUGCUUUGUAUCUUUGUGUAUCUCCCAGUUUCAAAAUGUUCAAUUUUGGCAUGUAUAUCAGAAUUUCUGUCCCUUGUUUUAGGUUUUUUUUCCUUUUAGUGAAAUAAAGUAAAAUAUUGGUUGUGAA